GAAAUUUCCUCGAGCCUUAGUGUGAUUUCUAUUGUAGGAACAAAGUGUUGAGUUGACGUCAUUGUUUUCCCCUGAGCAAAUGCUUCCUGCUUCUCGAAGACGAGAAAAUCCAUCAGACGUUUCUUUGUGGCUGAACUGUUAAUGUCUACUUCACUUCAAGUCUAGCACAAAGAAGAGCUGGUGCCGUCAUCUGCCAAUGACUCUUGGAAGUGCACCAUGGACGACUGCCAGACGAUGACUCGUAGCGUCAGCCGUUGCAAUCUCCGUACGAUACCUGAGACCUGUCGUUUAAGACGACAUUAAAUUUAACCUGUAAGUUCCUGAAUCUGAAGGCUCUGGUUCAUAUCUGGAUUCUCUGUGUGGUCACUUCACCCCUUGGUACAGUCGAACCAAACCCAUAUAAAACAAUACGUUCCACGUUUCUCGUCAGCUCAAACUGAUUCUCUUCAUGUGCUCUGAAAGGAAAUGCGUUAUUAUCUUGAUGAUUCACCACGUCAAGGUUUACGGGGCAAGCUAUUGGGCCUAACGUUCAUUGUGCUCUCCAUUCCUCACUCCUUGUUAUCUCCUUGAGGGAUCUAGGGCCCUAAGCAGCUAUUGAUGUACAGUUCCGAGCUCAUGAUCCCUGAACGAGCUCCAACCUGCCUUGUGAAUUCAUGUCUGUGUUCUGCGUGGGGGAAGGCGCGUGUGUCUGUAGAGUUUUGAAUACCGAAGUGUUUCUGGUCUUAGUCGCCACCUCCCUCGUGAAGUUGAAAUUUCCAUAAAACCUCGCCAUCCGAGAUAUUAGCGUUCCACUCUACUGUCGACAGCCACCUUACCACUCACCACUCACUUCCAGUGGAGGGGCGGGAAUGUUUUUGUGAUUUAAGCGAGCUUCUCCAGGCCCCGCAUACCCACCCGUCUCGGGGCGCGAACAUGACCGGCCUUGGAUUUAUCUUCAACGUUAACGCCAGUGGCAUGGACAGGAAAUCGAUACCGCUGCUCGAACGCCAAACUGCCAGACCCAUAUCGUCUAUUGUUUGUCGCAGCUCUUUUCCAUAAAUUUCCUGGAGAUUGACCUCCGAUUAAUUUUUGCCCCUCUCCUGGAGCUUCUCUGGCCGUUUCACGCUGACAGAAAGUUAAAGUUAGAAGUUCAAUUACCGUGGUUGGUUGGAAGAGCUUGUGUUUGAAACACACUCUUUAUUGUCGCACACGGCGACAGACGGAAAAGAGGACAACGACAUUCUUGUUCUGGAUUAGUUUUUUUUUCUCUCUGGUGGACAGCUGUGUACAGGCCAUGAUGUUUUUGCUUUAUAUGCUAAUAAUAUCACGCCAUAACUAACCCUCAGUGACACCAUGUAGUCAGACUUUCAUUUUGAUAGCAGGUUUUUUUGCUUGACGGCAACUAUACUAUACUGAAGAGACAUGCAACGAAUUGUACGCUCUUGAUAUCGACGACCCAUCCUAACGGCUGCGUAUUCAAAGCGCGCGCCACUUGCCGCGGCCUGCUGACUUGACGGGAGCCUAGCCGUCGUCGAGGGAGUUCUUUUUAGGGCCGAACCCCAAGAACCCUGGCGCCACGAUGCACGUGCAUUUCGAACAGAACACGUGCACGAGGACGGACUCGAACUUCCUCUCGCUGUCAUGGAUGGGCAAGGUGCCCGAGGACCUGCCGGAGGAGGGGCGUGGCUGGAAGCUGGAGCACUCGCAGUACUACGUGGAGGGCUGGCUGGCCAGCGGCAACGCGCGCGGCGUGGUGGGCGUCACCUUCAGCACCAGCCACUGCCACAAGUACGAGGCCCCGCCCAGGUCCAACUUCAACCUCAGGGGACACCGCAGCGAGGUGGUGUUGGUGCGCUGGAAUGAGCCGUAUCAGAAGCUGGCGACUUGCGACAGUCGCGGCGUCAUCUUUGUGUGGAUCAAGCACGAGGGCCGCUGGUCAAUAGAGCUGGUCAACGACAGGGACAUUGAGGUGACGGACUUUGCCUGGUCCCACGACGGCCGCAUGGCGCUCAUCUGUUACCGGGACGGCUUCAUCCUGGUGGGCAGCGUAGCUGGACAACGCUACUGGUCGUCCAUGCUCAACCUCAACAACACCAGCAUCACUUGCGGCGUCUGGUCACCCGACGAUCAACAGGUAAUCUUCGGCACCCUGGACGGUCAGAUCAUCGUGAUGAGCUCGGCGGGCUCCGUGGUGUCCCAGGUGUCCAUCCACGAGGGCUCGGAAAUCACCAGCAUGGCCUGGUCCUGUGAGAGGUUCAACAUGGCCGAGGCCGACCGGUCAGCAGCGGACAACACCUCGAGAGGCUCUGAGAGUAGCGGCAAGUCCCAUGUGCUGGCAGUGUGUUUCAAGUACGGGGACAUCUUCCUCAUGUCGGGAUACGAUGACGUUUGCCCUGUCAUGGUUUACACUACACUCACAGGUGUGAAGAUCGACUGGUCAAACUGUGGAGAGUACCUGGCCGUCGGGGGGUUUGUCCGGCUGCCAAACUUGCAGUGUCGCAACGAAGUGCAUUUCUACUCCAAGGACGGCAUUCUCAUCCAUUGGGUCACCAUACCCUCUCAGGGAAAGCCCUUGGCUGCCAUGACAUGGGGUCACAACGACAAGCGUCUGUUCCUAGCCGCGGGCUGUCACAUGUACGUGGCGUGGGUCAGCAAGCAGGUGGCGCCACUACACUUCCUGUGCCAGAGAGUACUGCACCAGGCGGUGCGCACGGAGAAAGCAGUGGACAAGUUGCCCAUCCCACAGAGGCUGCGGUGUGGGGUCAAAGCUCUCUUCUCCCCCACCAUCAAGAGCUACAUUCCAGACCCUCUCCGGCUCCGUGAGUUUGUUUGUUCACCUCCACCGGGCGGCGAGCGGCUGUUCUGCACGAUGAUCCGGCACGGAGAGGAGACCUCUGGUGGCCACUACACUCUGUACCUGGAGUACCUGGGGGGGUUGGUGCCCCUGCUCAAGGGCAAGAGAGCCAGCAAGCUCAGACCUGAUUUUAUCAUCUUUGACCCCAAGAUCAAGUCCUCGAGUAAAGUGGACCCACAACCCGGAAAUGCCAUCGAAAGUGACUCGAGCUCUGAAUCAGAGGCGGAGGUCUACACAGAUGGCUGUGGCUCCCCACGCAUGCAGCGCCGUCGAAGACACAAGGUGUUCCGGGCUGAGAAGGUCAACAGAAGCAUUACUUUCAGGACUCUGGAUGAGCUCAUGUAUGACGAUAAUCUGCCUGAGACAACUCGCCUAGUGGAGGUGACCUCCAACAUCUGGGGCACCAAGUUCCAGAUCACGUCCAACGCCUCGUGUCUGCCAGUGUGUCUGGGUCAGGUGGUCUACAAGACCUCUUUGCUACACCUGCAGCCGCGGCAGAUGACCAUCACCAUCAGUGAGAUCUCCCCGGCCAGAUACGUGCUGUCACGGGACCCGAACUUCACCCCAGCACCUGUCAGUGAUGAUGAGGACAGUUUCUGGACCAGCGAGGGAGACCUGGUGGGUGAGAAGAAGACAGUGGAGGUGACGGUCCACGAUGCCCAGAGUCUGUCCUCCGUGGAUCACGGCAGUCGCAGGAACAGCAGCUCUGUGGUGGAGACAGGAGUCAGGCCCACAGGAACAGACACUCCAUUGAUAGAGCAUAGCCUUCCUCUGAACGGUGAUCUGUCCAGCCUGGCAGGCAAACUGAGCAGUUCGGGCACUGUGCGCUCACGUUCCUUGUCCCCUGUGAGGAACUCUCUCACUCAGUCAGCGCCUGCCUUCAAGCCUGAGGGCGUGUCAGUUGAUGGCAGGCAGGACGGCAACACAGGGACCUCAAUGGGCUGGCAGGGGGCCCGCCCCAAGGCAAACCUCACAAACAAGAAAAGCAACAACAAAGACAGCAGCAGCAACAGCAGCAGCAUUAUCAGCAGUAGCAACAACUCCAGCGGGAGUCCCAAGAUGGGAGCAUCCAACAGCAUUAAGUUUGCGGCUGUGGCGGGCAGCGGAGCUCAGGUGGUCAGCAGCAACCACUCCGCCUCACAAUAUGCAAAUUCUCCUGGAUCCCUGUCCCACUCCAGUCCUCCUUGUGCUAACAGAGUGGAGGCCUUCCCGUUAAACGCUACCUCCUCACCCGUGAUAGGACAUAAAAAAAUAGAGAAUCACUCGGGCUUCAAAAGGUUGGAUAUAGAGAUAGGUGUACAGGGCAUCGAUUUGGUUACUGUAGGGGGUAGUCUAAGCAGUGGUCAGCGGAAGCCUGAAGAGUCCAGCACAGGGUCGCUUGCUCAGCAGGACUCCAGCAGUAGCAGCGUCAGCACAGCGAGCAGUGAGAGUGUACUCAUCUCAGCACUGGACAUCGGCCCGACGUGCAGUCAGCGGUGGGCGGAGCCUGUGCCGCAACCAGUCAAGCUGUCAGAGGACGAGCUAUCUACCUCAGAGCUGGCCUUUGAGAACAACCUGGUGGCGGACUGCAGCCCCACUGCCCCCUCCUGUCUCAAUCUGCAGCGCAGACUGUAUCUGGCCCAGCAGAACAUCAUGGACACCAGUAGCCCCAUCUCCCCCAGCAGCUGCCCGUCCUGUCUGCCAGCGCACCUGGCCGCCUUGCUCCCUCACGGUGCCGGACUCUCAGACCAGGUCACGCAGCAAAACUUCAGAAACAGUUCUGGCUUGUCCAGCGCCUCGCGGUCCAGUGAACACUCUUGGUUUGACCCUUCACCACUGGAGAGUGAGAAACCUAAGGAUAAAUCCUUGGGAGCUAGCGCCAUCACACAUUCUGUGGACGCUCAAAGAACUUCUUCUUCUUCUUCUCAUCAUUGCUCUGACAUAAGGGAUAAACAGGGAGGUGACUCUGAUAUGGACAGUGCAUCAGGACAUGCAUCUGCACGAGCAAACGUUUGCCGAAACUGUCGAGCGCAGCAAGAUGACACUGUAGCAGCACAGCAGACAGGGUCUUCAGGGACCAGCAGUUCUUCCUCAUCAGUAUUAUCAAGCGCCACAGCUUCUGGUGGUGGUAGUGGUAGUGACAAGUCUCAAGAUCACUGUAACCCAUCAGCGCCUGUAGAUAAAACCUUUUUGUGCCGUAAAGCACCUUCAAAAGACUCGUACUCGUCGCUUGCACCUCAUGAAACCACAAGAGUACUUCCUCCAGCCUCCUCCUCCUCCCCCUCCUGUUCCCAGCCACAAUCAUCUCCUGCUGCCUCCACAGACGCUGGCCCGUCCAUGACCCGUGAACUCUCCUCCCUGGACAGACUCCAUCGUAUUCUUUCAGAAGAACCGUCUGCUCAGUAUUCUGCUCACAACUUCCGCUCAAUGCCCGGGUUCGUCAUGAAGAAUCCCGACUUAAUCAACGGGGACGAUGAUGACGACCUGGAAGCAGACCUGUCGUCCCCUGACCAGGAGGACAUCCUAGAGGAUGACUUACCAGGCUCGUAUCUCCUUGGCAACAGCUUGUUAGAUAGCGAUGUCCACGAUCUGGAAAUUCAGCAGACGAGCGCAUCGCUUCCCUCCUCCCCUGUCAGGUUCGGUGUUAACAAGCAGAAUAAUGAGAAUCUCCAGGAGGAGCUGCUGAAGGGCCGCUGCAAACACCUGAGCCCUCUGCUGGGCCGUAAAGCAGGGCCACGGGACAGCCAGACGAGAUCCCAGGAUGUUUUCCUGGAGGACUACAAGUUCUCGCAGGCCUACCACAGCCUGGAGGCUUUCCAGAAGGCUCAGCUUCGGAACAAGAUGAGAAAGCGAAUGACGGGUUCAUCAGGCCGCAUGGAGCAGGGCCGCACUUUCACUAUGCACAACAAGGCUCCGCUGUGGAACGAGACCAGCCAGGUGUACCAGCUAGACUUUGGCGGACGGGUCACUCAGGAGUCGGCCAAGAACUUCCAGAUUGAGCUCAGGGGCAAGCAGGUGAUGCAGUUUGGUCGCAUUGACAACAACGCCUACACCUUGGAUUUCCAGUGCCCGUUCACGACAGUGCAAGCCUUUGCCGUGGCUCUGGCCAAUGUAACGCAGAGGUUGAAGUGACGCCUUUGAUAUCUGGUGUCUCCUUCGACCAGUUUGCUGACAGCAUUGUUCACUUUUGCGCCAUUUGUGUUCCUUCCAGGCUUCUGACUGCUGGGGACUUAUGGCUGGUUUUCCUGCCCUACUUAUGGAAAAGCUGUCUUUGGGCCAUUUUCAGUUUAUUAUAGAUGAAGCCUGGUUCAGCCUUUGCUUUGUGUAAGAUGGAGAGAAGCAAUGAAGGGACAGAGAGAAGGAAUGGAUGAUGGAGAGAAGAAAGGAAGAGCCAGAGAGAAGGAAUGGAGAUGGGGGAUGCAUCAGCGUGGCUGAUAUGUACUGUGCAUGCCUGUGGGCUGCCUGCUCUUGUCUUGUGCUACUGUGUAGAUCACUGUAUUUGUACGCAAUGUUUUGAAAUUCUUUUUUUCUGCAAAGUGAUGAGAUGGUGCUUGAAAUGUAGAUAAUACCUGUCAGUGAAGAAAGUUCCUGUCUAGAGAUGUGUGCUGAGUUACAGUUGACCAGAAAAGACUGAGAUUACCCCAUGCUACAAUGAAGACUGCAGUGUCUGUGAAUGAUGCGUCCGCUUUCUUUGAAAAUCUUAGAAACGAAGUGCUGUCCGAAAAAGUUUUAGUUCAAACCUUCUAAAAACAAAGAGUCUCGUUAGUAUCUACAUAUCUGUAUACAGUUUUCCUUUCAAGAAAUUUGUGAAAUGCUGAUUAAAUUUAUGAAACUCAAAAAGAGAUUUGAUGACUUUGAGGAGGCCUUCCUUUUUUUUGUGUCCCCUUAAUCUAACUUGGCAUGACUAGUCUUAUUGGACACAUUCCAAGAGUUUCAUGAAUCAGUAGUUUCGCAAUUUUUGUCAUGAAGUGUGUAUACGAGUCAGGCAGUCUUAUUUUUCCUCACAAAGACUCCUACUGUGCUAAAGUCCUUUGUGCCAUGAAAGCUCACAUAUAUGCUAUUCAUUCCCUUUUUUUAAAAACUAUGAUGGAUUUCUUGUUUGUCGUAUGUGUCUCUGUCAGCAUAUUCUAGUGUGUGGGUGUGUCUGUGUGUGUUAAAUUAUUGUAAUACCUCCUUCAGACACAGUAAACGUUAACUUUGAAGGUUGAGCACUUUCUGAGAAUAACAAGAAAAAAUUGGAUUUCUCCUAGAUUUUGGUUUCAAAUUUUUAUGUAAUGGAUAAAGUCUAUAUUACUAGCUUCUGCUCAGUGGAAAGUUUACUAUAAGCUGAUUUAGUGCUUUGAUAUGCUGAACAUGGGGAUCAUGUGAUAAAGGCAAAGUUGCCUUUGCUUGUUUUACCUCCUGGUAUUGGCUUCAUUUACUCUGGACUUCUUCUCUGAUAGAAACCUGUUUUAUGAGCUGCUUACAAGAAAAAAUUCUUCGACUGGGUUUUGUUUCAGACUGCUAUUUGAAUGUGGCUGAGUAGAUAUUGAUCAUUUUGAUCUGUGAAGACUUAUUAAGGGAAACCUUCAUGUUUAAUUUAUGUCUGUGUAUGUUUUAUUUGUAGUUACUGUGCUGUCUCUAACGGCAUCUCAGGUGAAGCAGGUAGAAAUCCAACCCGCCGCUGCUGAAAAAUUGUGAAAUGUUUCAUAUUUUCAAGACUUGGUGGUCUUCUACUUAUGUCUUAUGAGUUUUAACUCUUGAAGUCAAAUUCAGUUUGACAUUGUUAUUUUUUUUCUGUUUAAAUCCGAAAAGGAAACACUCCCUUAGGUUGAACAGACUCUGUCAAAAAAAUUAUAAAAACGAAUAUGAGCAAAUUUAUUUCAUAAUUUUGUUACCCAUGAGGAAAUCUGGUUUUCAACGGCAUAGACAUGUACAUUAGUACAUAAAAGUAAUUCAUCAAUUGAAUUGAAUAUAAUAUCUCACCAAUACAGACAGUCUUACACACACACCAUUGCUGAUGGCCAUUUUGCAGUGCCCUGUUUUUAAGUUCAGCUUAUCAAGUCUUGUUCAAGGAUACACCUCAGUGGUGACCCUCCUAAAUGCAAUGUCACCCACUUAUUAUCUCUUUCCAGAUGUAGUUUUUUGGUGGGGGUCUAGGCAUAAUUAAUUUUUUACUCGAUUUUACCUAUACAGGUGAUGUACGACAUAACUCCAUUUUAGCAUCGCCAUCACUCAAAAGGUAAUGUGUGAUAUGCCAAAUUGAAGUAAGUUGAAUGAGGAAUGCAUUCAGACAUAAAACAGGGAUUAAUUUUGAAUAUAAGCAUGCAUAACAAGACUUAAAAUGAGGGAUAGUGAUGAGGCAAAUAAAUUUUGAUGGAAAAAAA